UAUUAUUUUUAUAUCACUAGAUAUUUUUAUACCUAUAUGAUUUUUGACGACAAUUCGUUUAGAGCACGGUUAACUAGCAGCGCCCAUCUAGUUGUUAAUAUCUGAACUAUAUCACCGUAACAAUUUCUGACCGCGGCUGUGCCAUACAAACCCACUACCGACGCAUAACCUGUUCUUUAUAAUCGCGACUGUAGGUAAAUUAUCACGUGGGCUUAUCAGUUACCACAGGUACGUAUGUUAUCUAUUUUUGUGGAUGAUAAGAAGACUUCUACAUUUCGUUAAAUGACGGUCCACUUUCAUAUUCUACCAAUUAGUUACCAAUAGCCAAUAAUAAUUAAGUACUUUAGUUAAAAUUGAAUGUGUUGAUACUUCAACGAAUAAAUAAUAAAUAUUAUAAUAAUGUCAAUUUUUUACAACAUUUAUAACUCAUACUUAGUUCUUGUUAAUUCGUUCCAACGCGGUGUUUUCAAAUUAAAUGAUGUAAAGGAAAAACCAGUUGACAAUACUUAUAAUAUUAUACAGCAUUCUCAAGCAGAUGAACCUUGUCGUUCAUGUACUGAUUUCCGGACGUUUAGCCGUAUGAGACGUCAAGAAUUCAGUCAAAGCCAGGUUCACUCUGUGAAUAGCCAAUCUACAAAUAAUAUAGAUGAAACCAAAAUAUUAGAACACCAGAGAGAAGACUGUCCCCUAGACAAAGAUGAAUUAGGUCGUAGUACAUGGAAAUUACUUCAUACUAUAGCUGCAACAUAUUCAGAUAAACCAUCACAAGAAGACCAAACUAAUAUGGAACAGUUUAUUAGAUUAAUACCAAAAGUCUAUCCUUGUGAAACUUGUGCCAACGAUUUUGCUGAAAUAUUAACAUAUCAUCCACCUAACAUUAGCUCUCAAAUAUCUUUUGCAAAAUGGAUGUGUGAAGCGCAUAAUAUGGUAAAUCGGAAAUUAGAAAAGCCACUGUUUGACUGUUCAAAAGUAAAUGAACGAUGGCGUGAUGGUUGGGCUGAUGGACACUGUGAUUAAUAUUUUAGUAAACUAGAUUGGAUGAUCAAUACAGAAUUAUAAUAAUUAAUAAUCUAACAUACAUAAUAUAUAAUUUAUGUAAAUAUAAGUAUAAAUUGCAUAACAAUAACAUUGAAUGCAGUAGACUGGGGAUGCUGAUUUGAAGUCAGGGGGUGCUAAGCACCUCCUAACACCCCACUAUGUGCGCCUAUGACAAAUACUUUUUAUAGUAUUUGAUUGGCUUGCUGCAUUAUUGUGACUAGUGUAAUUUUUAGUGUAGUGUAUAUCAUCUAUGUCUAAAUUCUUUUAAAUAAUGUUAACUUGUUUUAAGAUAUUGUUAUAAAUAAAUGUAAAAGAAUUAUUUUCCCAAAUAUUUAAUA